AAUGUAGGUGUAAUGCUAAUUUCAGAAAAAAAAAACAUUAUUUGAUAUAUAGAUUUGAAUCUCAAAUUUAUGACACUCACAAUGUCACUUAAAUGAAACAAUUACUGCAGAAAUGAUUUCUGUUGAUGUUUGGUGGUUUCUUGUUUUAGGACCACCACUGUUCAUGCAAUUUAGCAUCUCAAUGAAAUGAUAACCCUACCUACACAAAAGAUAUUCUUUAUGCACAACAAAAGGCUGGAGGGAUGGUGGAACUGUAAAAAAAAAGAAUCAUGCACAGGUGAGGUCACGUGAGUUUGUCUGAAAAGAUCACGUGACUCAUCUCUACACACACUGACUCCUGCUCCUUGUUUUCCUUCCAAUUUCCAAACCUGUGUCCGCCCAACGACCGAAGGAUAUGGACACCACGUCAUCUUAUCCAUAACAAACAAAAACAGAUCCAUUUUCUCUCUCUUCUCUCCUCCUUCUCAAAAAGAUCUUAGCCGUCGAUUACGAUGACUAUUUCUGUACCUUAUCUAUAUCUCCGCCGUCGAUCCUCUCCAAAAAUGUCGUGACUGACACGUGUCACCUGCCAGCAUCUGAUUUUACGCAGAGCCUCCAUACUUCCUUAAAAAGUGAAAAGCAUUUCGUUACGAAAGAUAAAACCGGAUAAAACAAGCCGGUUUAGCUAUACCGGAAUCUCGAUCUCGUUUCUUUACCGGAAAAAAAAAAAAACAGAACCCUAGUCUCGCUCUAUAACAGUAUAAGGUCGCAUCCCAUUUUCGUGCUAGCUUCUCUCUUCGUUUCUUUCUCUAACAUCCGUCUGCUUAUUGGAUCAUCUUCUCCGGCCAAAGGAAACGCCUUUUUUCGCGGCGAGACUGAUUAUAGGAUGAUCGUUCUCUGUUUCGGAAUCGUUGAGUGAUGUUGUUAGAUCUCUCUGAUCGUUUCCCAUCAAAGACGUGGUUCCACAGGCGCAAAAAAUGCCUAAUCUAACCUUCUGAAAGCCUUUCCCUUUUUGAUUACUCGGCGAAUCUAAUCUUUCCCCUUUUAGAAAGUUUUGGUCUUUCCUAACUCGGUUUGUAAAUAGAGAUCGAAAGCUUGUUCCUUUUUGUUCUGGGUCUGUGUUAAAGAAGCUGGCGAAGAUGAAUCUCAGUACGGCCGAGGAAGAAUCGUCGUCGUCGGCGCAAGAGAUUCACAUCCCUGCUGACAUCAACUGGGAGAUGCUCGACAAGUCAAAGUUCUUUAUACUAGGAGCGGCUCUCUUCUCAGGGGUCUCUGGAGCUCUCUACCCAGCUGUCUUGAUGAAGACUCGGCAGCAAGUUUGUCAUCACUCUCAGGGCUCUUGCAUCAGAGGUGCGUUUACUCUCGUCAGACACGAAGGCUUGAGAGGGUUGUAUAGAGGGUUUGGCACUUCUCUGAUGGGAACCAUCCCUGCACGUGCCUUGUACAUGACGGCGUUGGAGGUUACCAAGAGUAGCGUAGGCUCUGCUGCCGUUGGGUUAGGUUUUACUGAGGGUAAGGCUUCCGCUGCUGCUAAUGCCGUUGGUGGGUUAACGGCUGCGAUGGCUGCUCAGCUUGUUUGGACGCCUGUUGAUGUGGUGAGCCAGAGGCUUAUGGUGCAAGGAAGCAGCGGUCUUAGGUGUUGUGAUUACGUUAACGGGUUCGAUGCUUUUAAGAAGAUCGUUCGAGCUGAUGGAGUUAAGGGGUUAUACAGAGGGUUUGGGAUAUCGAUUCUGACGUAUGCUCCGUCUAAUGCGGUUUGGUGGGCGUCUUACUCCGUUGCGCAGAGGAUGGUUUGGGGUGGAGUUGGGUGUUAUGUUUGUAAGAAGGACGGAGAGAGUGGGAACGCGAUGAAACCGGACUCGAAGACGGUGAUGGCUGUUCAGGGAGUUAGUGCUGCGAUUGCUGGGAGUGUUUCUGCUUUGAUUACAAUGCCGCUGGAUACAAUCAAGACGAGGUUGCAGGUUCUUGAUGGGGAAGAUAGUAAUGGGAAGCGUGGUGGACCGAGUAUUGGACAGACGGUGAGGAACUUGGUUAGGGAAGGUGGAUGGACAGCUUGUUAUAGAGGGUUGGGACCGAGAUGUGCUUCAAUGUCAAUGUCUGCAACGACUAUGAUCACUACCUACGAGUUCUUGAAACGGCUUUCGGCUAAGAACCAUGACGGGUUUUACUCUAAAUCAUAGUGUUAACAGCAGCUCAGAGAACCACAUAGAAGAAUCUUUUAUGAGAAAUGUCAUUUAUUUUUCUUACUUGUCUUUGCUGUUCUGUUCUGCUCUUUCCUUUGUUUCCAGUCAUAUUGUAAGGAAUGUGUUCAAAGUCAGUUGUUUCUAAAUAAAGAAAUGUUUAUUCCCACA